AUGGCCGAGGCGAAGGCCCCCCAGUUCCUGAGCUUCAACAGCAAGAUCUCUCCCGACAUCGGCUCCUUCCAGCAGCCCAGCGCCUCGGACCUCGAGGAGAUGAAGAGCAAGGACCCGCCCCUGCGGUACACGUGGACCAUCUGGGAGCAGAUCGCGCAGAACCCAGCCGACAAGGCCAAGGACUAUUCCGACGCCACGCACCGCGUCGCGACCUUCUCCACGGUGAAGGGCUUCUGGAAGUACUGGAACCACCUGCCACAGCCCAGCGAGCUCCUCGACGGGAAAAAGUUCGUGCGAGAAGCUGAUGGCUCGCGCAGCAUCGUCGACGCCCUCAUGGUCUUCCGCGAGGGCAUCAAGCCCGAGUGGGAGGACCCGACCAACGCCACUGGCGGGCACUUCCAGUUCCAGCUGCCCGCGUCGCUCGGAGGGGGCCCCAUAGACGAGAAGUGGAACAACAUCAUCCUCGGGAUGGUCGGCGGGUCCAUCGAGCCUGCUGAGAUGAUAACCGGCGUCCGCUUGGUGGACAAGCUCGUGCUGAAGAGCCGCAACCCGGCUGUGCGCCUCGAGGUAUGGUUUUCGAACAUGGAGGACACGGAGAAGGUGGACCUCCUGGAGAAGAGCCUGACGAAGUGCAUGACGACCCGCCUCGACGGCACGCACUGCCAGCCCGACUGGGGGAAGAUCGAGAGGAAGCCGCACGGCGCCCAGAAGAAGUGA